AUGGGACUCGGUCAAGGAGCUGCUGAGCGGUCAAGGAGAAACCCUUCGAUAAGUGGUGAACCUGAACCAAGACAAGAUCCUGAGGCGCAGAGGAACGCACCGCCUCAAAAAGACCAGGAAGGCACCAACACCGGAUCCUCGCAAGAUUCACCACGGGGAUGUCAUGCAUCACCGGAGAGCGCGCCCUCAGCUAUAGGACUUGCUCCUGGUCUGUCCACACCAGUUGUUGCGUCACCAGCCGAAAUCUCCAUCAACAGGAACAUCACGAGGACACCUCCGCAGGGUUCCAUUGACCCGCCCAUUACGAAGAACACACUGAGCGAACUGGAUGUGCAGAAAAUUUUCCACAAUCCCAAGUUGCGACACGACAUCAACUUUGAUCCUGACUUGCAUUUCCGACCCAAUGUUGAAGGCGAGAAGGGCAGGAAGAAGCAAGAGCGAUCCGACUGUUUCUGGCAAACCCUGAGGGACCAGCUCUCCGAUUUCGUUGUGAACCGGGAAAAGUUCUAUGCACAGUUCGGUUAUGGCGACGGGUGGUGCUUGCCUGUGCUACUGAAGACUAUUAGGGAUAUUCUGCACACACUGGUGCCUCAGCGGGAUCGCCAGUUCCUCGACGAAGGACUGAAUGUAAGCCUGAAGAUGCAGCAGUUCCACAAGGGUGUUUUGGACUUGGACCAGUUGGCUUUGUGGUUGUCUGGUGUUUUGAAGUCUCACUGCGCUCCGAUGCGUGACGAGGAGGUCGACACGAUGUACAACUACAUCAAGACGGGUAAUCAGACCGGUGAUUUGGAUCAGUUGGUUCUGGGUAUGAGGGAGCUUCUAAGUGUGCUGGAGCACAUGAAACUCGACGUGGCCAACCACCAGAUUCGCUGUCUGCGGCCAGCCCUGAUCGACGACACCAUCCACUUCGAGCAAAAGUACUUUUGCAAGAGACUUCAGUCCGGAAAACUCGACACUCGAGAAUCGAUUCUGUGGUAUAGGAACGCGCAGAGGCUUUACUCGAAUGGUCCGUCUGAUUUAAAUCAAGGGUUCGGCGAGAUGCACGUUCUUUUCGAAGGUCUAUCUCGACUGGUACUGCCCUCCGCUUCUCGACAAAAGAUCCCCGAGACUUUCCAACAUGACCAUGAGAGAAUUCUCAAACUCCGAGCCGACAUCCUGGAUGUAAUCAACUUGGAUAUCUGCAUGCGACUGUACGAGGAUUUGGAAAAGCUUGGUCGGCUGACCUCGACUGCUCAGUUCCAAUCCUACAAUGAUGCCUCGUCGAGCGCAUCAUCGCGGGUUCCGAGCGGUGAGUUCAGCUUUACUGCCUCUCUACCUGGAUCACGCCCUUCGAGCCUUGCUUUCAGCUCCCCCGGAUCUGCAGCAUCAUCGCCCCGAUCUUCUCUCGCUCUGCCUUCCUAUGUUGCCCCAGACCAGCAUGAGUGUAGAGUCAAGAGGCAGAAUCUCUUCCAGUCUUUGGUCGCCCUCCUUCAACAAGCACCACAUGCAGCAAACCAGGCCGCAAGAUGGCAGGCUAUUGCUCCAUCAAUGGCCCUCCAAAUCUUCCGCUACACCAAUGCCCCGUCUGGCAUGCUUCCCGUGUUCGAGGAGAAGUUGAUGAACACCUUGUGCAGGCCAGACUCGCAGAUGUACUGUGAGAUGGAGCAGAAAUUCCAACAGAGGCUCUUGGCUGAGCUCUGCAACAGAGUGCGUGAGUUCAAGGGUCUGUCUGGAGUCAGCCUAUACUCGGCCGCAACAGAAGCUCGCAACAUGCCCAACAACCGAUUGUUCGAUCAAGAUGAUGAAGCUGGAAUCGAGGACAUGGCCACUCGCCUGGCACAUGUCGGCAUUCUCCACUGGAGAGUGUGGGCUCCCCUAGUCUAUGUCGAGGACGUCGACGAGCCAAUGACCUAA